AAUGCGUAAGAAAUGCAGUUCAAGAACAGAAAAUGUGCCAAAAAACCCUUCAUUGUAUUUUUUUCAGGGACGAAUUGUAUGUUUUUAUUGCCACAGGAAGAAAGGACCUCCUGUGGCGCUUGGUCUUUGAGUUGGGCAAUCUCAGUCUAUUGGUCCAUGUGUUUCUGUAUAGGACCAGGAGCUCAUGGAGGGGGUGGGUGAUGUUGUCCAGGAUGCUCCUUAGUUUCAGGAGAAUCCUUCUCUCCAUAACCAUCUCCAAGGAGUCCACUUUCACCCCACCACAUCACCAGCUUUGCAGAUGCAUCUGUUGUUAGUGUCCGCCACCGUUAAUGGACACCACCGACUCAUAAAACAUCCUCAGCAUUGUCCCGCAGACGUUGAAGGACCAGAGUCUCCUCAAAAAGUAGGGACGACUCUGACCCUUUUUGUAAAGGGCGUCAGUCUUCCGAGCCCAGUCCAGUUUAUUGUCUAUGUGGACCCCAAGAUAUUUAUAGUCCUCAACAAUAUUCACAUUGACCCCACGGAUGGAAACAAGGGGUCACAGGAGACUUGGUCCUGUUUCUUUGCUCACGAGCACAGGAUCUUUUCCAAAGUGAAAGACUAUUUUGGGCCAAACUAAACGACAUAAUGGUCUGUGUUUGACCAGUUUGACAAGUUUCUGAUCAUUUUUAUCCAAGUUGUGAGAUGGACAUCUUUGAUGUGUACAUUUAAAUGAUUUGAUUUCGCCAAACUACACAACAUUUGAGGAGAAGACUUGGUUGAAAUCUCACGCCCUCCACCUCCCCGUGAGUUGGUACGAGCCGACGAGGUAAAUCAGGGACAGGUGAGUGGCAGGGUGUUGGAAUGUUAAGUGUCAUGCCUUCAGCUGACACGCUCAGUGCCUGACAGCAACAACACUUCUCGGCUGUUGUGGUGACGAUGGGAGAGAGGCUGCAAUGUCAGAAGAACUAUUUCUGCUCCUUCCUGCAGUGUAAAGCCAGAUUCAAUAAGCUUUGGAAGCUGGAGGCUCACCAGUGCAAGCACACGGGUUUGGUAAGUGUCAAGUCCGUUGCAAAAAAGCCGCAGUGUUUCUGUGGCGAACGAUCUCCUCCACAGAAACCCUUCACCUGUGAGAGCUGUGACAAGAGCUUCCGCACUCGAUACCAGCUCUUCCGACAUGGGCUCAGACACAGUGGAGAGAAGCCUCACAAGUGUCUGGCUGAAGGAUGCUCCGAGCUCUUUGUCUCCAGUACUAGCAUGAAAAACCACAUGCUUCGAGUCCACCUGCAGCAGAGGAAGCUCUACCAUUGCAACCAUAUGGGCUGUGAAAAGUGCUUCAGGAAGCGGCACCAGCUUCACGCCCACAACUAUGAGCACACGCAGGCGCCCCAUUUUCAAUGCACCACUGACGGCUGCGCUAAAAGCUUUGUCACCAGAGGGAAACUGAAGCAGCACGAGAAGAUGCAUCAAGGGUAUUCAUGUGGAGCUGAGCUGUGCCUUUUCGUGGCGCCGACCUGGAUGCAAUAUCUGAAGCACAGACAGGUUCACGCAGCCAAGUUGCCAUGCAACACAUCCAAAAAGCAGUUUAAGAAAAACUUGUUCAGGCACCAGCAUGCGUCGAAUGUCCAAGCUGAAGGAAAGAAGGAGUUAAUUUGUCCCAAAGUGGGAUGUGACAAGAAGUUCAGUAAAGGCUUCAACCUGGAGAGCCAUGUGUUGGGAGAUCAUGAAGGCAAGAAGCCCUUCGACUGUGUGAGCUGUGGGAAGAGCUUCGCCAUGCUGGAAAGUCUGUGGCGGCACGGAGUCGUCCAUGACCCUGAGAAGAAAAGGAUCAAGAAGCUGCUGCCGAAGAAGAGCCAGCCUUGGCAGGUGGCACAGCGGAAGGCUCACCGCUCGGUGAUGGACAAACUGGUGGCCAGUUUGGAGAAUGUGGAAUGCUAGUUCUGUGAGGAUUGUAACUGAAGCGAAAAGAAUCACUCUAUUUCUGUUUCCUUUGGAAAGGUGUGUAAUAAAACCUGG